GGCUUGCACUUCCCCAGCCGGUUCCUUUAUAGCUGCCUGGUUCCCCUCCGAGAUCUUGAGAAUUUCACAGCACUGCAGGACGAGGGAAGACCUAUGGCCAGGACUCUGGAGAGCCCCAGGAGCUGGGCAGCCCUGGUGGUGGCACUGGUCGUCAUGGCCACGGCCGUGUCAGAGGCCACCAACCCCGGCUUCAUGAUCAGGAUCUCCCAGAAGGGCCUGGAUUAUGCCUGCCAGAAGGGAGUGGCCGUGCUGCAGGGCGAGCUCGAGAAGAUCCGCAUCCCCGACACCUCGGGAAGCUUUAAGAUCAAGCGUUUCCUGAAAGCACACUACAACUUUCACAGCAUGGUGGUCCGCAGCUUCCAUCUUCCCAACCCCCAGAUAAGAAUAAAGCCUAACGUGGGUCUGCAGCUCUCCAUCAACAACGCCAACAUCAGGGUCAGCGGCAGGUGGAAGGCCAGGAAGAGCUUCGUCAAAGUCAGCGGCAAGUUCGAUAUCAGCGUGGAGGGCAUCUCCAUCUCGGCGGACCUCAAGCUGGGUAGCGUCCCUGCCUCGGGCCAUGCCACUGUCACCUGCUCCAGUUGCAACAGCAACAUCGACAGAGCGCGUUUGCGGGUCUCAGGCAUCCUGGGGUGGCUGGUCAAACUCUUCCAUAAGAAAAUCGAAUCUUCACUCCGCAAAUCCAUGAAUGGCAAGAUUUGCGAAGUGUUGACCAGCUCUGUGUCCUCCAAGCUGCAGCCUUAUGUCGAGACUCUGCCAGUGAGAAAGAAGAUUGAUUCAGUGGCCGGGAUUGACUACAGUUUGGUAGCACCCCCAGCAGCCACAGUGGACCACCUGGACACGCAGCUGAAGGGGCAGUUUUACAGCGUGGCCCACCCCAGCCAGCCUCCCUUCGCCCCGCCUGCCAUGGCCUUCCCCAGCCUCCAAGAUCGCAUGGUGUAUCUAGGCGUGUCUGACUACUUCUUCAACACGGGGGCGCUGGUGUACGAACAGGCAGGAACUCUGGGCCUGAUCUUCACGAAUGACAUGAUUCCUAAGGACUCUAAAUUCCGACUGACGACCAAGUACCUUGGGAAGGCCCUGCCCCAGGUGGCCAAGAUGUUCCCCAAUAUGGAUGUGCAACUCUUCCUCAUCGUGUCCUCCCCACCACGCCUGUCCAUAAGCCCCAAUGGCGUCACCCUCAACGCUGCCCUGGAUAUAGAGGCUUCUGCCAUCCGCCCCAACUCCUCUCUGGCCUCCCUCUUCCUGCUUGGCCUGAGCCUGAACACAUUGGUGAAGGUCGAUGCCAAGGGAGACAAGCUUUUUGCACAGCUCAGAACGGGCAGGCUGCUCCUGGAGCUGAAGCACUCGAAUAUUGGCACCUUUCCGGUUGAAUUGCUGCAGGCACUCAUGGACUAUGUGGUGACCACACUGGUGCUGCCCAGGGUGAACGAAAAGCUACAGCGAGGCAUCCCUCUGCCGAUGCCCCAGCGGGUGCAGCUCUAUGACCUGGUCCUGCAGACCCACCAGGGUUUCCUGGUGCUCGGUGCCAAUGUCCAGUAUGGCUGAAGAGGGGUUGGCACCUGCUCCCGGCAGGGCCUGGGCAUGUUUCUCCAGGGAAUCCUCUCUGGGUCUCAGCCAGGAGCCACUUCAACAUCUCUGAAUUCAGAUGCAGACAUGACCCCCAACCUGGGGUAGUGUUCACCAAACAAAAUGCAGCAGGGGGACAAUGAACUUCUUUCAAAGCUCCCAGAAUUGCAUUUCAACUGUGACCUCUCUCUGUGCUCCACUUAAAAAGAGAGGGAAAAAAUAAAC